GAUAAAAGUAAGAUAAAAGGUUAGGUUAUAGGUUUAGGUCAACAUAAACAGAUUUGUAGUUAAUGUACAAUUAAAAUAUUCUAAUAGUUUAAGAUCCUUUAUAUUAUAUUAAAUUUCCGAAAUAUGGCCUACAAGAAUCCCAAAUAUUCUGAAGAACAUCCAAAAAAUUUGAUUCCGGAAUUAUGCCGUCAGUUUUAUGAUCUAGGAUGGGUUACAGGAACUGGUGGCGGGAUAAGCAUAAAGUACGAAGAAAAAAUAUACAUCGCUCCGUCGGCUGUACAAAAAGAAAGAAUAAAGCCGGAAGAUAUGUUUGUACAAACUAUAGAUAAUAAAGAUUUAGAAUUACCGCCGCCUGAAAAGAAAUUGAAGAAAAGCCAAUGUACACCUCUAUUCAUGUGUGCAUAUACGAUGAGAGGAGCAGGUGCAGUUAUUCAUACCCAUUCGAAAGCUGCUGUAUUAGCCACACUUCUGUUUCCUGGAAAAGAAUUCAGAUGCACACAUCUGGAAAUGAUUAAAGGAAUCCGUAACCAAAAAACGGGAGUUAACUUUAGGUACGAUGAAGAGCUUAUAGUUCCAAUAAUUGAAAAUACACCAUUUGAAGAAGACUUGCGAGAUAUGUUAGCCGAGACAAUAAAGAAUUACCCAUUUACAUGCGCUGUACUAGUCCGUAGACACGGGGUAUACGUUUGGGGAGAUACUUGGCAACAGGCAAAAACAAUGACGGAAUGUUAUGAUUAUCUUUUUGAUGUUGUAGUUAAGAUGAAACAAUUAGGACUCGACCCCAGUUUAACACCCGAUCAGUUUGAAUUGAAAUAUCAAAAAAAUCAACAUAAAAUUUGAAAUGCGAUAUAUUUGAGAUACUUUUGGGGCAACGAUGGAUGAAACCAAAAUUAUUUAAACUCAGUUAAAUGGAAAAUAAAAAGUUUUUUAAAAAAGCAAAAA